AUGGCUUAUGGUCAUCUCAAUCCUUUCAUGGCUUUGGCAAGACAAAUAGAAAGAAGAAAAGCCUAUACAAUCACCAUUAUCAACACCCCUCUUAACAUUCAGAAACUUAAAUCUUCACUCCCUCCAAAUAAUACCAACAUAACCCUUGUUGAAAUCCCCUUCAAUGUUGGACCUCUCCAAGGCCUCCCACCUAAUGUAGAAAACACUGACACUCUCUCCUAUCAAGAAAUUGUUCCCUUCAUGCUUGCCUCUGCAGACCUUCAAGCUCCCUUUAGGAAUCUCCUCGUCGACAUGACGAAAAAAGAUGGCUGCCCUCCUCUCUGUAUCAUCUCUGACAUUGUUCAUUGCGGGGCUGGUUACAGCAUGGCUGCAUAUUUCUCCAUUUCUCUAAACAUACACAGAUUUGAAGCUGAUGAUGGGGAUGAGUUCUUUCUCCCGGACUUUCCUGAAGCGUCUCAAAUUCAGUUUUCACAACUUGGGAAUGAUCUCAAGUACACUGAUGCUGUUAAAGCCUGGUGGGCUUUCCGCGAGCGCCAGUUCUCGUUGUGCUUUCGUUCUGAUUCAGUUUUGUUGAAUACCAUUAAAGGGCUAGAAGAGAUUGGUGUUAAAUAUUUUAGCAGGAAACUGGGAGCUGGGAAGUCUGUAUGGAUGAUAGGACCAGCCUGCUCUAGUGUAAAGAAAGAUUAUGACUUACACUCUAAUGAUCUUUCUUCAUGGCUUGAUGUUCAUCCACCAGGGUCAGUUUUGUAUGCGUCUUUUGGCUCACAGAAUGCCUUAUUGCCUUCACAAAUGAGAGAGUUAGCCCUUGGCUUGGAAGCAAGUGGGAAACCUUUCAUUUGGGUCAUCAGGCCACCCAUAGGUUUCUGUGCAACAAAAGAACCAAAGGGUGAAAGGUUUCCUGAUGGAUUUGAGGAAAGAAUCAGGACAAAGAAUCAGGGUAUCUUAAUCUUCAAAUGGGCACCACAACUGGAAAUUUUGUCUCACAAAUCAACUGGUGCAUUUCUAAGCCACUGUGGCUGGAACUCAGAGCUGGAAAGUUUGUGUCAAGGGGUGCCAAUCAUCGGGUGA